GUCUUUUCAGUAAUCCACUGAUUUAUAGAAAUUUUAUCUCCCGUUAAAUUAUAAGAGGUUUUCUUUUCAAUUUAUAAUUAAAUCAACCAUACUUUUUAAUACCAUUUUAAUACUAUUUUAGUCUAAGUUUUAUGAAAACUAUUCGGUCCUUAUUAAACACGUAUGCUAUUGUAACAGGUUCAGUGCAAUGCUUGUUAGGUAAUGUGUGAUGAUUGAUUUUUAAACAUAUUUGUUUAAUAAAAGAUUACAGUUUUGGACAUUUAACUAUAUAUAUAUGCUAUAAUAUAUCGAUAUAUAUUCUUCGCUACUUCUCAAUGGUUUUUUCCAGCUUUUAUUUUAACACUGCAUAGAACGAGUUUUUAUUGCUGGUUUCAAAGAUUAAAUGGGUAAAAUGAAGGCAGAUUAUAUCGAUUUUGAAUUCAAAGAGAUCGAAGAAGACGACUUUGUCGACAUACAGGUUUUAAACUCUAACUCCAAUGAUGAUGGUUUUGUUUAUAUCCUGAUUUCAGAUGUAAAUAUUAUUGUUAAUGAUAGCAUUUACAAAAACUACCGCUUUAAUAAUCCUACCAAUCAUAUUAAUAACAAUAAUGAUGAAAUUAGUAAUGACAAUAGUGAUAAAAUUAAUAACAAAAAUACCGAUGAAAAUAAUGAUGAAAAUAGUGAUGAAAAUAGUGAUGAAAAUACUAAUGAAAAUACUAAUAAUUUAAAUUCCUUACACUAUCUUUCUCAUUACUCAACUGGUUAUAACAAUAUGUUUAAUAGUAUUUAUGAUGACAUAAUAAGUUUUAAACAAAUGAGACAAUAUGAGAAAGGUUUUUCUAAUAAAAAUUCAACAUAUGGACUAAACGUUGAUUUUCUGAAUUGCCAUGGUUACUUAGAACAUAUUGAUUAAUUGAACAAUUGAUUAAAAUUUAAGCAAUUUAAUCCCUUAUUCUUCACCUCGAGAAAUAAGAAAUAUGAUUCUUUAAAGUGGUAAAAUUCAAACUAUUCGAUAGAAAAUAAAC